AUGUGGAUGUGCAUCCAACAGCCGAGUGAGGACGAGGCACGACGUGAUGCUGACCCGCGCAUGUCAGAACUCCUGAAGGAGGAAUUGGUGUCUUUGCGCAACACAUUGAUGCGAGAGAUCCGGCAGAUGCUGGCGGAGCAGAUCCGUGACAUCCGGCUCUUGGUCAAGGACAGUGGCUCCAGCCCGGAGGUAGAUCGUUCGGCACCUGACAUCUGCUCCUUUGCUCUCAGCGAGGAGAUCUCGACGUCGGACUCACCGGUGCAUGCCGCGCAGUUCGAAAUCGAUUCCGAGUAUGACGAUUUCGACUGGUCGCAGGUGGAGGCGGGCUUCACUGAGGCGGCUGAUGGCGGAGACGAAGACCAAGAUGAAGGAUUUUCCAGCCCCGAGAAAGUGCCCUUGGUCUGA